AAUUUUCGAAAACCAUGUCUACCAUAAUAUUAGCGAUCUGUGCAUAAUAUGCCUGCUAUGUAGUUUGUGGGCAGGCCGAUCGAUUUAGUUUAUUAGUUGUUGAAUUAUAAAUGCUUUAUUAAAUUAAUACUAGGUAAGUAUUAAACUUAUUAUAAUCCUGCAGGGAGGGGAUAUUUUAAAGAUAUUGAAAUAUUUAUUCGUAAAUGUGCGAUUAGUUACAAUAUAUUUGUGAUAGGUUAUUUUUUUACAAUAAUAAAUUCUAUUACAGUGAAAAUUUACUGAAAUGACCUGAAAAGAAAGAGAUAUGCAAGUGACAACAAUGAAAGCUCGAAGUAUAUUCAAGUUGUAUCAGCAAUUGCUGAACCGCAGACCUUAUUUAAUGCAAGCGGUGCAGACGGGCACACUGAUGGCUGCUGGCGAUAUUAUUUGCCAAUCUCUAAUAGAAAAGAAGAAAUUGAGACAUUUGGAUGUUAAAAGAACGAUUGGUUUUUCAUCAAUUGGAUUCUUUGUCGGCGGGCCAGCAUUAAGAGUUUGGUAUGGUUUAUUGAAUAAACAUAUAGGAUCUACUGGUAAAUCUGUAGCUUUGAAAAAAGUCUUUGUUGAUCAAGUUUUAUUUGCACCUGCAUUUUUAUAUCUUAUUUUAAUAGCUGUAGGAACUCUACAAGGAAAGUCAUUCGACACCAUUAAGGCAGAUUUGAAAGCAAACUAUACUGAUGUCCUUAUCACAAAUUAUUACAUAUGGCCAUGGGUGCAGUUAAUUAAUUUUUACUAUGUGCCACUUCAGUAUCAGGUUCUUGUUGUGCAAUCUGUUGCUUUGUUCUGGAAUACCUAUUUGUCAUGGAAAACCAAUAGAAAGAGGCUAGUAGAAUAAUUUAUUGUAUAUUAAAACAUUAAAGAAAAUGUUUGUAUGUGAGCAGUUAUGUUUAGUUUGAUAACUACCACUUAAAAGGUACUUUGGAUUAUGACAAAUAUAAGUAAUAUACUUGAUAAACAAGUCACAAGUCUAGCGAUAAAGGCUCUGUU